UUUCCACCAGAAAAAAAACUUCAUCCUUCACUAAUAACAGGAAUUUAGAACAUCGCUUCUGGCUGCUUACCCGGUUUAGUACUUGAAACGACUACUUCCUUAAGAGAAUUAUCUUCCAAUGGCAUCUUCUACGUUUCUGGUUUUGGCGUUCCUUGCCAUAACCUUAUCCCUUGCUUUUGCUGACCCUAGUUCCCUUCAGGAUUUCUGUGUGGCUGAUCUGAAAAGCUCAGUACCAGUGAAUGGACAUGUGUGCAAAGACCCCAAGCUUGUUGUCGCCGAUGACUUCUUCUUCAGCGGACUUCACCUAGCCGGCAACACAUCAAACCCUGCUGGUUCAAAGGUGACCCCUGCUAAUGUAGCCCAAAUUCCAGGACUAAAUACUUUUGGUAUCUCCCUUGUUCGUAUCGACUAUGCACCAUGGGGAAUCAAUGCUCCCCACACACAUCCUAGAGCUACCGAAAUCCUAACAGUCCUUGAAGGGACCCUCCAAGUGGGAUUUGUCACUUCCAAUCCCGAAAAUAGACUUAUCACAAAGGUGCUUCAGAAGGGUGAUGUGUUUGUGUUCCCAGUUGGACUUGUGCAUUUUCAGCACAACGUUGGAAAAGUUAAUGCAGUCGCCAUUGCCGCUCUCAGCAGCCAAAAUCCAGGUGCUAUUACCCUUGCAAACGCAGUGUUCGGAUCAAAGCCGGCUAUCUCUGCUGAUAUUCUUGCAAAGGCUUUCCAAGUGGAUAAGGACACAAUCUAUGAUUUCCAGUCCAAGUUCUAGAUUCCAGUAUGGUUUAUUUAGUGUGAUUAAUGUGUUUUAAAAUCUGCUAAUGUUCAUUCAUCAGUGAAAUUCAUAAUUUGUACUGUUUUAUUCUGUAUUGAGAUAAUUUAUUUCUGCUCGUAUGGCAAUGUAAUUAUCACAGUAGGAAUUCUGUUGUUCUUCUUCAAAACUUUGGUUCAUUGAGAUGAGUCCUUAUGAAAAUUUUCUAAAGACAUGCUUUUUCUUUC